AUGGCAAAAGCGCUAGCUACGGUGGUAGAUGGCUUGGAAAAGAUGGCAGUGGCGCUGGCUACGGUGGUAGAUGGCUUGGGUUUCUUUGUUAGCACACUGCAGGGCCUCCAGGAGCGGCGGGUUUUGUCCACCAUCCAGGCUGUAACCUCUGCUAUCACGCGCAUGACCAUGCCGCUGACGCUGUGCUUCUUGGCCAUUCACAGACACGCCAGAGUAGCAGCAGUGAAUGAAGGAGACGACCGCCAUGGCCGACUAGUUGAGCAACAAGAUGAGAGGUGGUUGGAAGAGCGUUGUGACCCCUCCAUUGUCCUCUUCUACAAGGAUUGA